AUGAUAUCGGCUCGAAGUGCGGCCAGAAGGCUUCUGUCCUCCUCCGCUUACACAGUACGAACACACACGUGCAACGAUCUGAACAUUUCGAACAAAAACGAGAAAGUCAGUGUGAUGGGAUGGUUGUCGCACAAACGAAUGGACCGAUUCUUCGUGCUCCGCGACGCGUACGGCUCAGUUCAGGCGAAGAUUUCCGAGGAUUCGCAAUUGAAACGUCUUCUGAAAGAGACGCCGUACGAAUCAGUGAUACGGGUGGACGGAGUUGUCGUCGACAGAGGAGACAACAGAAAUCAGAAGAUGAAGACGGGCGACAUUGAGGUUUGCACACUGUUUAAGGAUGAGUUUGACCGAUGAACAUUUUCAGAUUCAAGUCGACAAACUGACGGUUCUCAAUCGAGCAGCAGUCGACAUUCCGAUGCUUCCGGACGCUAAUGCCAACGAGAAAACGCGCCUCAAAUACAGAUACAUCGACUUGCGAUCGGAUAAACUUCAGAAGUCCCUCCGUCUUCGUUCAGAAUUCGUCCACAAUGUCCGGAGGUUUCUGGUCGAAAAGAGUGAGUUCGUGGACGUGGAAACGCCCACGCUGUUCCGUCGAACGCCCGGAGGAGCCACCGAAUUCGUCGUCCCGGCCCCGCCUCCCAAUCACGGACUCGCCUAUUCUCUGCCGCAAAGUCCACAACAGUUCAAGCAGCUUCUGAUGGUCGGAGGCAUCGAUCGAUACUUUCAAAUCGCCCGAUGCUACAGGGACGAAGGAUCUAAAGGAGAUCGGCAGCCAGAAUUCACGCAAGUCGACGUGGAAAUGUCAUUCACCACGCAAGAGGGCGUCAUGCAGCUCAUCGAGGAUAUGAUUCUGUCGGCCUGGCCAGUCUCUCUGAACCACAUCAAGCCGAAGUCGCCGUUCCCUAGGAUACCGUACUCUGAAGCGAUGCGACUGUAUGGAAUCGAUAAGCCCGACAUGCGAGUGCCCUGGAAGAUUGAAGACGUCGACGGAGAUGUUUUCGAUUUCCUAAAAAAGAGCGAGAAAGACUGGAAAGCACGAGUACUGGUGUGUCGAGGAGCCGCAAGUACUGGAAUGUCGAAUUCAACGAAGAACGAGUGGAAGCGUUUGAUACAGAUGAACGUGAACGGACGGAACUUUGCAAUUUGCCAUCCUUCCCAAAUCAGAUGGUUCAAAUCUGUGGAUAACGAGACCAUCGUCGAGAAGUUUGGAUUGUCGGAUGAGGACGUUCUGGUUGUAUGCUGGGGAGAAUCCGAAGGAGUUUAUUGGACACUCGGUCAGUCUGAAAUAAAGAAGAAACCAAGUUCAUUCAAUCGUUUUGCAGGUCAAUUGAGGAACCACGUGGCGGAGGCCUGCGGAUUGCGGUCGAAGAAUGAGGUCACUGCUCACUGGGUAGUCGACUUUCCCUUGUUUUCGAUAGAAGAAGGACAACUCGUGUCCACACAUCAUCCGUUCACGGCGCCAUUGGAAGAGCACGUCCCCCUUCUGCACGAGAAAGAUCGAAAGAAACUUCUUGAGAUAACUGGACAGCACUACGAUCUGGUGAUGAAUGGAGUGGAAAUGGGCGGUGGAUCCAUUCGAAUCGAGAACGCCGAAAUGCAACGUCACGUGCUGGAAGUGCUCGGAGAACCGAUGGAAGAGAUGAACCAUCUUCUGAAUGCACUCUCGCACGGAGCGCCGCCGCACGGAGGAUUCGCCCUCGGACUGGACCGAUUCGUGGCUCUUCUCGCUUCGGAAGGCAAUCCGCUGACCCCGGUCCGAGAUGUGAUUGCGUUCCCGAAGACGAAAAACGGAAAGGAUCUGAUGAGCGACGCACCCGCAACAUUAUCUAGAAAACAAUUGGAGAGGUUGGCUAGCACGAAAAUGGUGUAGAAGAAAAGAGCUGUUUUUUUCAGAUAUGGAAUCACAUUGCGGCCGCCUUCAAGUUAG